CUCAAAUAAUUGUCUAUAUAUUCACUCUCUCGUUACUUAAUAUGGCGAAAGUUUCUCUGUACUUUUUGGGUCAACUUCAUUGAUAGGGAUUGUAAUCGGAAUUGAAGAAGAAAAAAAUUAUGUAUGGAAGAAACGGAGGUGGUGGUGUUGGGGUGGCAGCUAAGCAUGUUUAGUGCAAAGGUUAGAAUUGCUUUGGCUGAAAAGGGCAUCAAGUAUGAGUACAGACAAGAAGACAUACCACACAACAAAAGCCCUCUUCUUCUCAAACUCAAUCCGGUUUAUAAGAAAAUCCCAGUUUUGAUUCACAAUGGAAGACACGUGUGUGAAUCUAAAAUCAUAGUUGAGUACAUUGAUGAGACAUGGAAGGAUAAAUCUCCAUUGUUACCUUCUGAUCCUUAUCUCAGAUCUCAAGCCAGGUUCUGGGCUGACUAUACUGAUAAGAUUUAUGAGAUUGGAAUGAAGUUAAUUAUGGGCUUAAAAGGUGAAGAGAUGGAAAAGGCAAGACAGGAGUUCUUAGGGUGUCUGAAAGUGUUUGAAGGGGAGCUGGGGGAGAAGCCAUUUUUUAUGGGUGAUGCCUUUGGGCAUGUUGAUAUUGCAUUAAUAUCCUACUACCACCAUUUUUAUACAUAUGAGACCCUUGGGAACUUCAGUCUUAAGAACGAGUGUCCAAAGCUGUUUGCUUGGGCUACAAAAUGCAUGAAAAGGGAGAGUGUUUCCACGAUUCUUACUGAUCCAAACAUCAUUUAUGAGGCUAUAAUCAUGUUUAGAAAGAGCAUGAAUUUAGAAGACUAGUUGGGUGUAAUGAAUGUUCGAUUUGAAUUUCAAUGGUGAUUCCAGGUCCAUCUGGAUCGUGAUCUGGGUUCACUUCGUUAAAUUAGGGGUGUUAUGUUAGGUGAUCAAUCCGUAUCUUGUGGGUUGCUUUCAUAAAAAUAAGUGGAUGAGGUUGGAAGAAAUGAAUCCAUAUCUUGUGGAUUGUUUUUCAACGG